AUGUUAAACAUAUUAAUGUGCACUUAUUCUCUUUGUUUGAAGUCCUGUCUGCAAGAAUUACGGCGGCAGUUUCCUGGCAGCCACAGAGUGAAGAAACUAACUGGCAUGAGAUUUGAAGCCAUGGAAAGGUACGAUGAUGCUCUCCAGAUAUAUGACAGGAUAUUACAAGAAGAUCCAACUAACACAGCGACCAGAAAGAGAAAGAUCGCCAUUCGCAAAUCCCAGGGGAGAAACGCAGAGGCAAUCCGAGAGCUGAAUGAGUAUCUGGAACAAUUUGUGGGUGACCAAGAGGCUUGGCACGAACUUGCAGAACUGUACAUCCACGAACUUGACUAUGCGAAGGCUUCCUUCUGCCUGGAGGAACUCAUAUUGACGAACCCACACAAUCACUUUUACUAUCAGCAGUUUGCAGAAGUAAAAUACAGCCAAGGUGGACUUGAAAAUCUGGAACUUGCUAGAAAAUACUUUUCCCAGGCUCUGAAGCUGAAUAACCACAACAUGAGGGCGUUAUUUGGCCUUUAUAUAUCAUCAGUCCACAUCGCUUCCAACCCCAAAGCUAGUGCGAAAAUGAAGAAAGAUAAUGUGAAGUUUGCCACUUGGGCCUCUAAUCAGAUAAAGCGAGCAUACCAGCUUGCAGGUCGGACCAUGCCAGAUACUCAAACGUCUCUGAAAGCCGUAGAAAACAUGUUGGAAACAUUGCAGAUUACUCAGUCCUAA